AUGCAAAUUUCAAAGAAUAUACAGCAACGUAUCGUUCAAGUAUCAUUGCAUGAGCCAGCUUAUCUACAUUGCACAAUACCACAUUUAAAGCAAAAUAUGGUAGCAUGGACACGUUUGCGUGAUGAGGCUUUAUUGACUGCUGGUGAGCAAUCAUUCACUACUGAUUCCAGGUUUCAGAUAUCGCUUAAACCAUCUGAAGUUGAUUGGAUGUUAAUUAUUAGACGAGUGGAAAGGUCAGAUUCAGGUUGCUAUUUAUGUGAAGUGAACACCGAACCGAGAAGUACCGUUUAUGCGGUAUAUUUGAAUGUUAUCGAGCGUACGACAAAUUUGAUGGCUAAUAUGAUUGGUAAUGAGGUGCUGCUGAAUUGUACAAUAACGAUUAGCAAUGAAACAAAUGAUAUAAAUGAUGAAGUGGAAUGGUGGAGAGAUGGGCAAUUGAUCGAUUUUAAAAAUACAAAAAAGUAUAUUUCAAAAGUAAAACGUGACAGUCGAACGAUCAUUCAUACAUUACGAAUUCUUAGCGCUUCAAGUGAUGAUGAUGGAAGUUAUUCGUGUAAAACAAUUGAUGCACCAGAAUCAAUUCAUAUGUUACACGUUAAUACAAGUAUGCCCUUCUUCAUUUAUGAAUAA